CUUCUCUCCGUCUUCUUCUGUCUUCUCUCUCUCUCUCUCUGCAAAACCUCUCGCUGUCUCGUGGCGGAGAGAGAUUUUCCCACCACAGCUCCCCGCUUUGGCUUUUGCUCUGCUCUGUUCGGCUCCACCACGUCGUGUUCGGUCUCUCUGUGUCUCCGCUCCCAGAUUCCACCAUUGACGGCGACGUCUCAGCGACCUCUCCGGGUCUGAUUCAUCGCGCGCUUGAUCCCUUCAGGGUAAACAAGGAUCCAAGUGAGUGUGUUACUCGCAGAGAUGGGGCAAGUGCCAAUGGCAUCGCUGUGAGGAACGAGAGUUGGUAACUGUAGAAGGUUUGGUUCUGGUGUUUCUGAUAAUGGGUUCUGCUUGCUGUGUUGCUGCUAGAGACAAAACCAUUGCAAGUGCGCCGAGUAAUGAAUUCUUCCAGCGAAAUCUGCGGCAUUCUCCUACGUGGAGUUUUCGAUGGGAAAAUCGGGGUCGAGUAGCCGGCGAGGAGGCUUCUGUAGGUUGGUUGUCUGAUGGAAUAAGUCGUAAUAAUGGUUCUGAUAAUAAGUGUGAAACUGCGUAUGCAUCAGAGGAUGGGAGCUCUUUGGACAGUUAUAGCUUCCAAAGACGUACAUGGCCAAAAUCCCCGUUGUCUGAAGGAAUGUUUGGGCAUGCGAGAACUCCUCCUUCCGAACAAUCAAUUUCAAGAAAUGUCUCAAUGGAUGCAAAUUUGGAGCAGGCGGAGUCAAAAGAAUCUCCCCCCAUCUUUGUUCCAUCUCCAACAAAAUUGUCAUUCUCCUCCUUGCCUUCAAGUUCCUCCAUCAUGGCAUCACCUCCUUCCUCCAAAGUUCACAUGCAGCCUACUAGUUCCAACCCUUCAAGGUGCACUGAACAAUCUCCUAAACAGUGCGUAAAUCAAGAACCUGGCAGCAAGGUUCCCAGCCUUUCAUCAUCGAAUAGCCAGUUAACUACUGAAGAGAAGCCAGUGCUCCCUCCAUGGUGCUGCGAAUCUACUAGGGCCUCCUAUGGAGGGUCUUCAGAUAGUUGGUCAAUGAAUGCGUUUUCAGAGCUCAUGGCCUUUUCUAAUGGGAGAAACUGGUCCUUUGAUGGCGAAUCCUUUCAUGAUAAAUCAUCAAAAUGUAGCAGUCGAGUAUCAACAUAUAACUCCGUUGAGAGGCAAACAUGUGGAAUUUGCUCAAAGCUUCUGGCUGAGAAAUCCUUGUGGAGUGGCCAGAAGAUUGUUGCCAACAAUGAGCUCUCUGUAGUCGCUGUUCUAGUAUGUGGGCACACCUAUCAUGCUGAUUGCCUUGAGAGUAUGACGCCGGAGAUUGAUAAGUACGAUCCUUCAUGCCCGGUCUGUACUUUUGGAGAGAAACAAACCCUUAAGAUGUCCGAGAAAGCUCUGAAGGCUGAGCUGGAGAUGAGGUUAAAGAAGGGCAAGAGGUGGAGAAACCAAGUUGUUGAUAUUGAUCUUGGUGGUGAGUAUGCCUCACUUGAUCUCCAUAAAGGUAUAGGGUGCGAAGAGAAGGGUUUUAGGCUUGAACCCAGUUCAGGCACGAGAAGCUACUCGCCGAAGCCAUUCCUUAAACGGCACUUUUCUUUUGGAUCAAAAGGGAGCAGGCACUUGUCGGAGAACACUAGUUCAAGGAAGAAAGGAUUCUUUUGGUCAAGAUCUACCAAGGAGUGAGAUUCUUUUGCUGUUUAGAGGAUUCAUAAGUGAUCUCGCCAACAACCUCAGUUGGGCAGAGGAAAGCGAGGAAGACUACACACAUCCUAUUCAGUUUCCUAUGGAUCUUCUUACACACUGUACAGGGAAAAAAAAUACAUGAAAACGAUUAGGGGAAAAAGUAUAGUUUUAUUAGAAGGGAAAAAUAUAAGCUAUUAGGUUGAUGGGGAAAAAAAGAAGAAGCCGCAGCAUUAUGUGAUCCAAUUCGAUUGUUUGUACAAAUCAUUUGUUUUCUAUGUUUGUGAUUCAUACCCGAGUCCAUGUGACUUUUGGAAUUUAUGUAAUGCUUGUAAACACUGAAUGUAUCGAGUUGGCAAAUUCGAUUAUGUGUAUGUAUGUGGAAUAGAUGGUUGAACAAUGCAUCUGGUUUUCUUCUUGAUUUUG